AACCUCUCCAGGGCCACAGUAUCAGACCAGGGACCUCGGUGGCCCGCUAAAUGCCCCUCAGUCAGUCUGCUCCUGCCCUGGCUGCUGUGUCCGGACAGGGCCUCUGUAGCUCAGAGCUCCAGCAGGUUAGGGUUGGAGGAUGGGGCUGAAGGUGAGGUGAUUGUUUGUGUUGUGUGAUAGUGGAGGGGGGUUUAGGACUGAAAUGGGUGAGGGAACUGGCUGGAGCAAUGGGGACCCUCCUGAAGCCUUAUCUCACACCGAUUGGUUGAUAGAUCAUCCUCCGCUUCCUGUCUAUAGCCUACAUUCCUUCCUGCUUUAUUUUCUAGUCCACCCCGCCCCAUGACCUGAAUCUGAGACAUGAGAAACCAGUGGGCACAAAAAGACAUUCACGUCACAAGUAGUGAAUUGACCUACAUAUCCAACAAUGUUAGGGGGGAUUCCUCCUCAUUUUCUGGAUAAAAUUGACAUUUUCUUCCAAAGAUUGUCACCCAAGCAUCAUGCUUAAGGACAGCGUUUUCUGGCAACACAGAGGAGUGGGGGGACGCAGGGGGUGAAAACUGAACCUCUCCAAUGCACCUGUGACCUUUCACCUCGACCAAAGGCUUGUGUGUCUCGACGGGGACUCGAGUGAUAAGUAAUGUCACUGAUGUUUUUAUAGACAGCGGCCCCGGGGUCAAAGUUGAAAGGAUUAUAAGUCCUGAGAGUGAAGGCAUGAAGGCUUUCGUCUCCUCCUUAGCUGGAGAGAAUACGCUGCUUGGCUUUUGUCAUUAACCACGCAUAUUUUCAAUUGACUGUGGAAUGUUCACUCAUAAUAGGCUAGAUGGAGAUGGUCCAGAGAUGGUCGUCAAGUGUGUGUGCGUUUGUACGCGUCUUGUUUAGAUACACAGCUGCUUCUGUCAUCAAACACAAUACUGCUGUAUCCAUUAUAAAACACACUGUAGCCCCACACUAGUGGAAAUCCCCAUUGUGGUUUCUAUCCAGAUAAUUAUUAGCAGCUUUUAUCUCUGUUUUGAGGGGUUGGAGACUAAGGGGGGGUAAGAUACUAUUUCUGUCUGUUUAUGUAAGGAGUGAGUGGUGCUGAGGGAGAGGGGAGAACUGUGGGAAUGUUUGUUCAGCACAGAGAUUGUAGCCUCAGUCCAUGUCUAUGUCUGUUUGGAUGCUAGUGAUUGUGCUGUAUCUAUGCUAGGCUUAACCAGCCACAUGACAUUACACAGUGGAAUGAAUCAAAGUGAUGAUGGUUGUCUAUGGAAAUAACUCCUAUGGUUGGUCACCUGUUCCACUAUGUACACAGCUAACAUGGGUUUUACUGUGAGAAGGCAUGUUUUGCAAGUUCAAGUGACACACACAGACGUAUUAACCUUAACCCAGCUGAUCAGUGUAUUACUGUGACCCUCGGUUGACCUCGUGAUUACUGACCUGCUAUCCUUUCUCUUCAUCUCUACAGGGAAGACAUGUCAAAACUGGACAGCUGGCUGCCAUCAAGGUCAUGGACGUCACAGAGGUAAAGAAGUUCAGACUAACUGUAACACCCCCGUGUGUGUGUGUGUGUGUGUGUUGUUCAAGGAGGAUGUUGCGUGGCCGGGUCUAUUGGUGAAACAAUGUAGUCUGAAGCCUAGCUGAGAUGACCUUUCACAUUUCAAAACAAAACAAACUGCCCACUCUGCCUGUUUAUUUGUCAACCAGGUCUUUCAGAUCAGCCAACCAUUGUCUUAUUUGGGCCUCAGAUUAAAGGGUAAAUGGCCUAACGUCAGGUGGUUUUGCAGGGUUAUUACAUUGACAUUGACACAAAGGGCCUUACCCAAGGUUGUUGAAAGUGUGUUAUAUAAAUUGUUCUAUUUCUGAUUAGGCUAAAUGUUUAUUUCUGGGAGAGAGAAAAAUGCUUUGAAAAUGCUACCUUCGAUUGCUUGGGGGAAGUACAAGCUCUUGACUUAUUUUUAGCCUUUGAUAUACACUAUAUAUACAAAAGUAUGUGGACACCCCUUCAAAUUAGUGGAUUCGGCUAUUUCAGCCACACCCGUUGCUGACAGGUGUAUAAAAUCGAGCACACAGCCAUGCAACACUCAAUACCGAGUUUCAAACUGCCUCUGGAAGCAACAAGCUUCAUGAAAUGGGUUUCCAUGGCCGAGCAGCUGCACACAAGCCUAAGAUCACCAUGUGCAAUGACACGCAUUGGCUGGAGUGGUGUAAAGCUCGCCUCCAUUGGACUCUGGAGCAGUGGAAACGCAUUCUCUGGAGUGAUGAAUCACACUUCACCAUCUGGCAGUCCGACGGACGAAUCUGGGUUUGGCGGAUGCCAGGAGAACGCUACCUGCCCCAAUGCAUAGUUCCAACUGUAAAGUUUGUUAGAGGAGGAAUAAUGGUCUGGGGCUGUUUUUCAUGGUUCAGGCUAGGCCCCUUAGUUCCUGUGAAGGGAAAUCUUAACGCUACAGCAUACAAUGACAUUCUAGACGAUUCUGUGCUUCCAUCUUUUUGGCAACAGUUUGGGGAAGGCCCUUUCCUGUUUCAGCAUGACAAUGCCGCCGUGCACAAAGCGAGGUCAUACAGAAAUGGGUUGUCGAGAUCGGUGUGGAAGAACUUGACUGGCCUGCCCAGAGCCCUGACCUCAACCCCAUCAAACACCUUUGGGAUGAAUUGGAACUCCGACUGUGAGCCAGGCCUAAUCGCCCAACAUCCGUGCCCGACCUCACUAAUGCUCUUGUGCCUGAAUGGAAGCAAGUCCCCACAGCAAUGUUCCAACAUCUAGUGGAAAGCCUUCCCAGAAGAGUGGAGGCUGUUAUAGCAUGAGUUAGCAAACUCAUCAUUAGAAUAGGCUAGUCCACAUGGAAAUUCCUACAUGUCUUCGAGGUCCCAUUUACAUUUCAGGAAGAAAACUUUGACUUCUCCAUAAUCAGCUGCUCGUAAAUCUCAGUAUAAUAAGCAGAGAUCAUUACAGCUAAAGCCAGUAGGAUGUUUUAUGGUUAAAUUACGUCAUUUUCAGGCAGGCAGGAGGGCAGCCCUUUGCUCUCUCUAUGGCAUUCUGCUUUUAUCUACUGAAAGAGGACCUCCCAGUGAAUAUAGAACUAGCAGGGCCACACACGCAGACCCUAAUGAGACCCCCCCCCCCCCCCCCCCCCCAACCCAAGCAACUUGUGGUUUGUUUUAUGAUAUAGCCUUUGCAGUAUAGGCCUGCCAUGUGGCCCAUGUCGUUUUAAGAUAACGUUUACUGUUAAACAUUGCCGAAGUAAAAUUCCGUCGCCCUAAUUCUCAAAUGCCAAUGUGGUCAUUCUGGUUCUAGACCAGUUUCUCUAUGCUUAUGCCCUGACUUGCCCCCUGCCUGCCACUCCCUGCUGACUGUCAUGAGUAAGACUCUGAUGGAGUGUUGCCCAACCGUUUCCUGCCGUGGGUGUCAUAGGGCAUGUCUCACCUGGUUUCUACUAGUUACCACAGCCACAAAGUUAAGAUUGUUUUCAUGAAUUGUUACGAUAUAGACAAACAUUUGUUUUUGGUCUUAAUUUAAGGUUGGGGUUAGGCAUAAGGUUAGCAUUGUGGCUAAGGUUAGGUUUAAAAUAAUAUUUUAAGAACCGAAAUGGUAGAAAUAGGCGAGGUUUAUGACUUUGUGGCUGUGGUAGCUAGUGACGACCCACUCACCCCCCGUUACGUCGUCAUACACCUGCCCUGAUAUAGCCUCUAGUCUAAGAUAUGAGGGAUAGAUAUAGUGAGAUUUCACCACCAUAGGCUAGAUUACAUACACAGACAGAAGUACAGUCAUAUGUAGCUUCACCCUGCCAGGUAGAGGAGAACCUGUUAUCUCAACAGCUCUCUGUUGUCCUGGGAAACCAUUACACUGUUGCUGAGAGAGUGAGAGGUGAGCAUGGCAGUACUGGGCUCUACUGUUAGUCAGCUCUCUGCUCUGCUCUCCCAGUUUAAAUGCCUGUCUGUGCUACGCUUUGUUGUACCCUUUGACCUACACGGUGCUGCGUUAACCGCUUGAAUGAUAACGGCAAUGAAAUUAAAAUGUCCGCCUAAAGAGACAAUGACAUAACCGAAAGUGAAUCCCCCCUCAUUUCUGUCCCAGUGAUUGUCAGGAGUGCUCAGCCAGCCCGCCUGUCCCUGUUCACGUGACACGGGAGCUAACGACCAGGCUUUCACAGCUGUGAAUAAUGAUCCAAACAGCUGCAGGAAACAUGGGAAAGAGAGAGGAGAGGGAGAGUAGCAAUAUGGCUGCCAGCACAGCCAACAGACAGCCUCUACCUGCUGGCACUGGAAGCGUCUGGUGGAAGAGAACUGUGUUUGCGUACUUACGUGCAUCUUUAAACACACCAUCACAGUAACUGCGUUGCUAUUCACGAAUGUCCCCAUCAUUCAGACUCCUCCCUUUCCAACAGGGGUUUCUGUAAGACAUGGGGAAUUACACUGGUUGAGUGUUCAGUUAGUGUCACUGUUAAUCAGUGUCGAGUUGUUGCAACGGAAGAGAUCAAGCUAAUGGUGGGGUGACCUUUUGCUGUCCUCCUCACGGUUUUCAAGUGAGGUGGGGGAGGGGAGGGAGGCUGUUUGUGGUGGGUCUCACUUGAAGGGGUUAGGCGUGCUCAACUUUACACUGGAAUAAGCGAUGUCCGCUUUUGUACGCGCAUCCAACAAGUUUCAUCUCCGAGGGGCAGAAAGCAAAAACACCAGUGAUUUUGAGGGGUUGUGUGUGUAUAGGUCAUUGCUGUGUAAAACACCAGUGAUUUCGAGGGGUUGUGUGUGUGUGUGUGUGUGUGUGUGUGUGUGUGUGUGUGUGUAGGUCACCAUAUGUGAAUUGAUUGCCCCCCAUCUAUCCUCAGAGUUCGUACUGCUUGGUGACCUAAAUUGGGAUAUGCUUAACACCCCGGUCAUCCUACAAUCUAAACUAGAUGCCCUCAAUCUCACACAAAUUAUCAACGAACCUACCAGGUACAACCCUAAAUCCGUAAACAUGGGUACCCUCAUAGAUAUCAUCCUGACUAACUUACCCUCUAAAUACACCUCCGCUGUCUUCAACCAGGAUCUCAGCGAUCACUGCCUUAUUGCCUGCGUCCGUAACGGGUCCGCGGUCAAACGACCACCCCUCAUCACUGUCAAACGCUCCCAAAAACACUUCAGCGAGCAGGCCUUCCUAAUUGACCUGGCCCAGGUAUCCUGGAUGGAUAUAGAUCUCAUUCCGUCAGUAGAGGAUGCCUGGUUGUUCUUUAAAAGUAAUUUCCUCUCAAUCUUAAAUAGACAUGCCCCAUUCAAAAAAUACAGAACUAAGAACAGAUAUAGCCCCUGGUUCUCCUCAGACUUGACUGCCCUUGACCAGCACAAAAACAUCCUGUGGCGUACUGCAUUAGCAUCAAAAAGCCCCCGCGAUAUGCAACUUUUCAGGGAAGUUAGGAACCAAUAUACACAAGCAGUUAGGAAAGCAAAGGCUAACUUUUUCAAACAGAAAUUUGCAUCCUGUAGCACUAACUCCAAAAAGUUUUGGGACACUGUAAAGUCCAUGGAAAAUAAGAGCACUUCCUCCCAGCUGCCCACUGCACUGAGGCUAGGAAACACUAUCACCACCGAUAAAUCGACAAUAAUCGAGAAUUUCAACAAGCAUUUUGCUACGGCUGGCCAUGCUUUCCACCUGGCUACCACUACCCCGGCCUCCAGCUCUGCACCCUCCGCUGCAACUUGCCCAUGCCCCCCCCGCUUCUCCUUCACACAAAUCCAGACAGCUGAUGUUCUAAAAGAGCUGCAAAAUCUGGACCCCUACAAAUCAUCUGGGCUAGACAAUCUGGACCCUUUCUUUCUAAAACUAGCCGCCGAUAUUGUCGCAACCCCUAUUACUAGCCUGUUCAACCUCUCUUUCGUAACGUCUGAGAUCCCCAGAGAUUGGAAAGCUGCCGCGGUCAUCCCCCUCUUCAAAGGGGGUGACACUCUAGAUCCAAACUGUUACAGACCCAUAUCCAUCCUGCCCUGCCUUUCAAAAGUUUUUGAAAGCCAAGUCAACAAACAGAUCCCCGACCAUUUCGAAUCCCACCGUACCUUCUCCGCUAUGCAAUCCGGUUUCCGAGCUGGUCAUGGGUGCACUUCAGCCACGCUCAAGGUCCUAAACGAUAUUAUAACCGCAAACGAUAAUAGACAGUACUGUGCAGCCGUUUUCAUUGACCUGGCCAAGGCUUUCGACUCUGUCAACCACCGCAUUCUUAUUGGCAGACUAAAUAGCCUUGGUUUCUCAAAUGACUGCCUCGCCUGGUUCACCAACUACUUCUCAGAUAGAGUUCAGUGUGUCAAAUCGGAGGGCCUGUUGUCUGGACCUAUGGCAGUCUCUAUGGGGGUGCCACAGGGUUCAAUUCUUGGGCCAACUCUAUUCUCUGUGUAUAUCAAUGACGUCGCUCUUGCUGCUGGUGACUCUCAGAUCCACCUCUACGCAGACGACACCAUUUUGUAUACAUCUGGCCCUUCAUUGGACACUGUGUUAACAAACCUCCAAACGAGCUUCAAUUCCAUACAACACUCCUUCAGUAGCCUCCAACUGCUCUUAAACACUAGUAAAACUAAAUGCAUGCUCUUCAACCGAACGCUGCUUGCACCCGCCCACCCGACUAGAAUCACUACUCUAGACGGGUCUGACCUAGAGUAUGUGGACAACUACAAAUAUCUAGGUGUCUGGUUAGACUGUAAACUCUCCUUCCAGACUCACAUUAAGAAUCUCCAAUCCAAAGUUAAAUCUAGAAUCGGUUUCCUAUUUCGCAACAAAGCCUCCUUCACUCAUGCUGCCAAACAUGCCCUCGUAAAACUGACUAUCCUACCGAUCCUUGACUUCGGCGAUGUCAUUUACAAAAUAGCCUCCAACACUCUACUCAGCAAAUUGGAUGUUGUCUAUCACAGUGCCAUCCGUUUUGUCUCCAAAGCCCCAUAUAAUACCCACCACUGUGACCUGUACGCUCUUGUUGGCUGGUCCUCACUACAUAUUCGUCGCCAAACCCACUGGCUCCAGGCCAUCUAUAAAUCACUGCUAGGCAAAUCCCCGCCUUAUCUUAGCUCAUUGGUCACCAUAGCAACACCCACCCGUAGUCUGCGCUCCAGCAGGUAUAUCUCACUGGUCAUCCCCAAAGCCAACACCUCCUUUGGCCGCAAUUCCUUCCAGUUCUCUGCUGCCAAUGACUGGAACAAAUUGCAAAAAUCUCUGAAGCUGGAGACACUUAUCUCCCUCACUAACUUUAAGCAUCAGUUAUCAGAGCACCUUACCGAUCACUGCACCUGUACACAGCCCAUCUGAAAUUAGCCCGCCCAACUACCUCAUCCCUAUAUUGUUAUUUAUUUUGCUCAUUUGUACCCCAGUAUCUCUAUUUGCACGUCAUCUCUUGCACAUCAUUCCAGUGUUAAUACUAAAUUGUAAUUAUUUUGCACUAUAGCCUAUUUUAUUGCCUUACCUCCAUAACUUGCUAAAUUUGCACACUGUAUAUUAUAUGUAUUUCUGUUGUAUUUUUGACUUUGUUUUGUUUUACCCCAUAUGUAACUCUGUGUUGUUGUUUUUAUCGCACUGCUUUGCUUUAUCUUGGCCAGGUCGCAGUUGUAAAUGAGAACUUGUUCUCAACUGGUUUACCUGGUUAAAUAAAGGUGAAAUAAAAUAAAUAAAAAAUAGGUCAUGGAUGUGUGGAAUAGGGAUAUCACAUUGUAAUCAUUCUACUGCUGAAAAGCCUGAUUUGUAAAUACAUCUCCUCUCUCCUGUAAUUGUACAUAUAUAAUGUGUAGGCCUGGGCUCUAAUGGAAUACCAGUUGUUUAGCUGAGGGGUUUGACGUAUACAUGUACAGUCGUGUUAGGGAUGGGACAAUUUGUUAAUCGGUUUGCCAUAAAAAUGAUACGAAAAAUGUAACAUUUCUCGUCAAUCCACAAUGCAGCUGCGCUGCUGCCAGCAACGGUUUGGGCCUCACGGUGCGUCCCUUUCAGAAGGUUAAGCAUUUCACCUGGACUACCAUUACUGUACCUCAAUUCCACCUCGCAAAGUUUGCAUUUCCUACUCAUGUAACUUCUCAAAGUAUUGCCAUACACGACUUGGCUGCUGUCGCUUAACGUAAUGAGGUAAUGUUGGAGUAUCGACUCCAAAAUAAUUGAUUCCUCUACUCCUUGCACGUCGACUCCCAUGUCAAGAUUCGAUUCCGCAAAGAAUCGACUCCUAAGAUUCAGUAUUUUUGGAACGGAGGAGACCUAUUAGUUGCCAUAAUUCCUAGAAGACAAACACUCUUUCAUAACGAGGGACGGAGAGAGAGGGGAGGGGCACAGUAUAGGCAGGUUGGCCACCAGGCAGACAGUCAACCGUGCACUAGGCCCAUCUCACAGUGGAAUGCUGUACACACUCGCAUCAUUAGCGAAGAGAAAGAGCAGGCGAGCCAGCGUGAGGGAGACGGUGGAGGGCGGAGGGGGCGGAGGGCGGAGGGGGCGGAGAGGGCGGAGAGGGCGGAGGGGGCGGAGGGCGGAGGGGGCAGGCAGAACCGUGCUCAUAUGUCUUGGUAAUCUGUCUCUUGUCUUGCCUGAUUCACCAAAGUAGCCUAAAGUUCGCCUCUUCCUCUCUGGUUUUAUUUAAAUUACACAACUUUCUCCAGGCCUUUUAUAGACUAUGGUCUAGUUACGCUAUAACACAGAAAAUAAUAUAUAACUGAACUGUGAUUUUAAUUUUGUGGAAAGAAACAGUUUUUCUGUUUGGGAUUUUUCUUAAUGUUAAGGAUCUCAAUUUCAUUUAAACGUUCACACCCCUAAGUCGUAUAGAGAUGGGUUACAGAUAGCAUAAUAGAUUCUGUCUGCCAUGGACCACACACAAUCACACACACACACACACACACACAUACACACACAAGAUACACACAUCAUUAAUACCCAAACAAAGAAGUCGUUAGAACAGUGUGUGUACUGCGUAGCCAAGAUGUCACAUUGUUUAGGGGGCAUGGAUGAAUGAGGGUUUAAUUCUCCCCUACAAAGGCACUUAUCAACCCCCACAAGACUUGACGUUUGAGGAAUGUGGGAAAUGAUUGACUAUUAUCCAUCUGUAACCAUCCACACACGAUAGUGAUUUUCCUACGAAGUCUUCCUCCUGCGGCAUUCUCUAUUUUUUUUCUCUUUAUCUAAUGACUAAUGGUUUCUGUGUCUGUAGGAUGAAGAGGAGGAAAUCAAACUGGAGAUCAAUAUGCUCAAGAAGUACUCCCAUCACAGAAACAUUGCCACAUACUAUGGUGCUUUUAUCAAGAAGAGUCCCCCGGGGCAUGAUGACCAGCUAUGGGUGAGUGUCUAGCCAGAGGGUUUCCCAGUGGCUGUUUAGUUAAAUCAUCGUAGCUGGUAUAUCUACAGCAUCAUGAAUCAGAGCAAUAUCCCUAACUCUUUUACUGUUUUGACACUCAUUUAGCCUUAGAAGUGCUUAUCUAUGUGUCUGACUCUGAGUAUCGUGUGUGUUUUGUGUCCUGUAGCUUGUGAUGGAGUUCUGUGGGGCGGGCUCCAUCACAGACCUGGUGAAGAACACUAAAGGCAACCAGCUCAAGGAGGACUGGAUCGCCUACAUCUCCAGAGAAAUCCUCCGGGUGAGCCUCUCCUCUCCUCCGUCCCCCUCCAUCCCCUCCUAUUUCCUUUAACUUACUUCUCCUGUCUUCAGUCUCCUUGUUCAUUGCGUAAUACAUAUGUUAAAGCUAUUCAGUAAAUAGAAAGGGGACAAGUCUUUACCCUCCUACAUCAAUGCUCAGCUCUGGCCUUAGACAUGUGGUCUCAUCUCUACACACCUCCCUCUCUCCUCCUCCUCCUCUUCCUCCUCCUCCUCCUCUUCAGGGACUGGCCCACCUGCACGCCCACCACGUCAUCCACCGUGACAUCAAGGGACAGAACGUCCUGCUCACAGAGAACGCCGAGGUCAAGCUUGGUGAGGGACAUCAUGUUUUGUAUGUUACGGACAACAACCCUGAUUGGUCUAAACCCUGCAGCUGCCUAUCACAGAGCUCCAAAAUCAUGGCCAUUUUAGCCAGUCACCUAGUCUAGAUGUUUACGGCAAUGCAGUUGUAUAUAACUCGUUUCAACUAGUCUCUUCUGAUUGGUUGUCUUGCAGUGGACUUUGGCGUGAGUGCCCAGUUGGACCGGACGGUGGGGAGGAGGAACACCUUCAUCGGGACACCCUAUUGGAUGGCGCCCGAGGUCAUCGCCUGUGACGAGAACCCUGAGGCCACCUACGACUACAGAGUAAGACCCUCUUCCACACAAUACUAAGAUGUUGGAACCCAGGUUUUAACCUGCCACCUAUGUCCUCCUUGAGAUCUUUAGCUACUGGUAACUUUAGCUACUGCUACAAUGUGGGGUAGAUUACAAGUGUCUGCUUGGUAGAGUAUGUUGCUCUUCAGUAUCUGAUGUAGUGAGUGUUUUCGCUAUGUCUGAUGUCUCUCUCCUCUUCCAGAGUGACUUGUGGUCCACUGGAAUCACUGCCAUUGAAAUGGCUGAAGGAGCUCCUCGUAAGUACCUGCCUUCCACAUGUCACACCUCGAUCUCUUUUCUCUCACGUUAAAUGGCAGAUCUAUUGGUUCCUUCUGCCCAUGUCUUUGCUUUUCUCCCUGUCAUGUGUAUACUGAUUCCCUCCUUUAUGCCUUCUGAUGUGUGUUCACUUUCAGCACUGUGCGACAUGCAUCCGAUGCGAGCACUCUUCCUCAUCCCAAGGAACCCUCCCCCGCGACUCAAGUCCAAGAAGUGGUAAGUUAGAGGUCUCCUCUCCCCCUCCUCUCUGAACAGCUGUGGCACACUGGGAGGAAGGCCCGUUGGCUUACUGCGAGGCUCCUCAGCCCUCGUUCUGGGGGAAAAACGCAACCCUCUGAGACUUUCCACUGGCACGGGUGAAUUUACGAUUAUGACCGCUUUUCCCAGAAUAUUCAUUGUAAAUAAGUUAUGAAAGGCUCACUGGAUUUCUGUCCAAAUGGAUAAAACAGGAUCUUCCUAUUUCAGACACUUCAGUUCUUUCAGUAGCUUCUCAGGCUCUUUUGGUGGUUAGUUUAGUUUCAGUCUGUCAGAUUUGUUGUCUUGUCAGUGGGUUGUAGAAGAUGGAUUUAUUUUAUGUCAGACAACAAGCCCCUCAGACUACAUGAUUACUGGUGUUAAUACAACUAUCAAUUUCAUUAGAGGCCUCUUCUGUCUUGACCCCUCUCUCUCCCUCCCUCCCCCCCAACAACCCCCCCCCCCCCCCCAGGUCUAAGAAGUUUUGCAGCUUCAUCGAGGGCUCCCUGGUGAAGAACUACAACCAGCGCCCCCCCACCGAGCAACUGCUCAAGCACCCCUUCAUCAGGGACCAGCCCAACGAGAGGCAGGUCCGCAUCCAACUCAAAGACCACAUUGACCGCACCAAGAAGAAGAGGGGUGAGAAAGGUGAGUGUGUGCCUCUCUACCUGUUUAAUCACAGAGUCUUAAAGUAAUACUGUGAAAAUUAUGAUAAUGCACUUUUAGUUUAAGAGCUGUUUGAAAAGACCGCCUGAAAUCUCUGCCUGUUUUGGUGGGAUGGAGUUUUGGCCUGCCUGGUGAAAUCAACAGGCGGUAAAUUAGUUAAUAGACCAAUGAGAAAGAGUUCCAAACCUCUCUGCCAAUAAUGGCAAGUUUUCAGUUUUCCCCUCCCCACUCCCAGACACUUCUAGAAAAAUUAUUGCUUGAGAAAAUUAUAUUUGCUAAGAAGUUAUUUUUGUUUCUUUUUGACAAUUUUAAUUGAAAACAAUCACAGUAAGGUACUUAAUUGUUACCCAGAAAUGAUUUGAUAUGGAGAUAAAAACGGCUGCAUUGGGUCUUUAACAUGCUUUACAUUUACAUUGAAUAGCCCAUGUUUGUUUGUACGUCUUGUCACACUAUCCACGUAUUGUUUUUCAGACGAGACUGAAUAUGAGUACAGCGGGAGUGAGGAGGAAGAGGAGGAUGCUGCAGAGCAAGAGGGAGAGCCUAGGUAAUGUCUUAGUGUUGCACCUUUAUGUACACUUCAUUUGGCAAUUCACAAUAUAGCGGGAUAGCUCGGCUCACUUUCCACCAGUGUAGCGAACAUCCACCUGGAAUCGCUAAACACAACUCCACCCAUCUGACACAGUAACUAACUAACUAUUCCCUUGAACUAAAUCAUGAACUAACUCCCUAUUCCCUUGAACAAAGUCAUGAACUAACUCCCUAUUCCCUUGAACCAAAUCAUGAACUAACUCCCUAUUCCCUUGAACUAAGUCAUGAACUAACUCCCUAUUCCCUUGAACCAAAUCAUGAACUAACUCCCUAUUCCCUUGAACCAAAUCAUGAACUAACUCCCUAUUCCCUUGAACUAAGUCAUGAACUAACUCCCUAUUCCCUUGAACUAAGUCAUGAACUAACUCCCUAUUCCCUUGAACUAAGUCAUGAACUAACUCCCUAUUCCCUUGAACCAAAUCAUGAACUAACUCCCUAUUCCCUUGAACCAAAUCAUGAACUAACUCCCUAUUCCCUUGAACCAAAUCAUGAACUAACUCCCUAUUCCCUUGAACUAAGUCAUGAACUAACUCCCUAUUCCCUUGAACUAAGUCAUGAACUAACUCCCUAUUCCCUUGAACUAAGUCAUGAACUAACUCCCUAUUCCCUUGAACUAAAUCACUAUUCCCUUGUAUCCGCUCGUCCACCCUGCAGCUCCAUCGUGAACAUGCCGGGGGAGUCGACGCUGCGUAAGGACUUCAUCCGGCUGCAGCAGGAGAACAAGGAGCGCUCCGAGGCGCUGCGCCGACAGCAGCUCCUGCAGGAGCAGCAGCUCCGGGAGCAGGAGGAGUACAAGCGCCAACUACUGGCAGAGAGGCAGAAACGCAUUGAGCAACAGAAGGAGCAGAGGAGGCGACUGGAGGAGGUAGAGUUAAUAAACAUGAACUCAUUGAUUUUGAAGUGAAACUUGUAUGUAGAAUUUAGCGGUGUGCCCAGUACUUGGACAAAACGAGGACAGUGUGUGGUGCUGCAUGCUCUGAAUAACUCGAUUGGCUAGUUCUGCUUUGUGUAAAGAAAUGGGCGGGGUGUAGGUUGAUCCUGCAGCAAUGAUUGGACAGAGCGAAACUGUGAUCACCCCAUAGAGGUAGAUAGAGGGCGAACUUGGAUAGCCCACAGUGGUGCAGACCAUGCUGCCAUUCAGAGAAGACUGCCAUUACAAGGAUAAAAGGUGUACUAUAUUUCUAGAUCUAUGGACUAUCUUCUCCUCCUCGCUUGAUAAAUUCACCAAAGCCUGUAUUUGACUUCCCAUCCUCUCUUGUUUUCCUCAAAUCAUUCAGAUCACUGCUACUAUGGACAAUCAUUGCCCUAGUAGCAGUGAUAUCUCAUAAUAUCUUUGAACAGGGAAUCCCAACUAGAAUUUCAGCUCUCCCUGUGUGUCGUAUCCCUGAGGUUCUCUCUCUGUCGCCCCCUCCUGGUGCCUCACAGCAACAGCGACGCGAGCGCGAGAUGAGGAGGCAGCAGGAGCGCGAGCAGCGCCGCCGCGAGCAGGAGGAGAAGAGGCGCAUGGAGGAGAUGGAAAGACGGCGGAAAGAGGAUGACGAGCGCCGGAGGGCGGAGGAGGAGAAGAGGAGGAGCGACCGUGAGCAGGUAGCUCUUUUAAAUGAAUGAAGCACUCAAGUUUGCCUACAUGCUGCGUAGUUUUGUCACUUCCUGUAUUUCAUCCAAUCACAGAGGCCGUUGUGUUUGAUUGACAGGAGUACAUUCGUCGGCAGCUGGAGGAGGAGCAGAGGCACCUGGAGAUCCUGCAGCAGCAGCUCCUCCAUGAACAGGCCAUGCUCCUGGUAAGCAAUCUGCAUCCUACCACUCUUACUCUCCAGGGGCGCGUUCAGGAGGGCGGAACGUUACAGAACAUUCAGAAAUUGGUUACGUAGAACACCCAUGAGUCUUUGUCAUGUAGAACAGGGAAUGGUUUCAGGAACUCUAUUCUAUUACAUUUGUAUUGACAACGUUCUAAAUGUUGCACCCCACUGAGAAAGCCCCUGUUUUCAAGACUGGAUCGCACAUUAAGAGCAAGCUCUUUUCUAGAACAUAGAUGGUAAUCAAGGCAAGGUGUAAUGCCUAUAUUGUAUGAUAUAUGGUUGAUAUUAGCUGUUACAUAGAUUGUCUUUGAGUCAUUCGGAUAUACCCUACAGGAAGAUGGAGUUCCUAUGUUUCUCUGGUUACAUUCACAUCCUGAGGAAAUAAGUUAUAUAUAUAUACACACACAGUACCAGUCAAAAGUUUGGACACACCUACUCAUUCAAGGGUUCUUCUUUAUUUUUUUACUAUUUUAUACAUUGUAGAGUAAUAGUGAAGACAUCAAAACUAUUAAAUAACACAUAUGGAAUCAUGUAGUAACCAAAAAAGUGUUUCACAAAUUUUGAGAUUCUUCAAAUGGCCACCCUUUGCCUUGAUGACAGCUUUGCACACUCUUGGCAUUCUCUCAACCAGCUUCACCUGGAAUGCUUUUCCAACAGUCUUGAAGGAGUUCCCACAUAUGCUGAGCUCUUGUUGGCUGCUUUUCCUUCACUCUGCCGUCUGACUCAUCCCAAACCUUCUCAAUUGGGUUGAGGUUGGGGGAUUGUUGAGGCCAGGUCAUCUGAUGCAGCACUCCAUCACUCUCCUUCUUGGUCAAAUAGCCCUUACACAGCCUGGAUGUGUGUUUUGGGUCAUUGUCCUGUUGAAAAACAAAUGAUAGUCCCACUAAGCCCAAACCAGAUGGGAUGGCGUAUCGCUGCAGAAUGCUGUGAUAGCCAUGCUGGUUAAGUGUGGUUUGAAUUCUAAAUAAAUCAUAGACAUUGUCACCAGCAAAGAACCCACACACCAUACACACACCUCUUCCUCCAUGCUUUAUGGUGGGAACCACACAUGCGGAGAUCAUCCGUUCACCCACACCGCGUCUCACAAAGACACGGCGGUUGGAACCAAAAACUCUAAUUUGGACUCCAGACCAAAGGACAAAUUCCACUGGUAUAAUGUCCAUUGCUCGUGUUUCUUGGCCCAAGCAAGUCUCUUCUUCUUAUUGGUGUCCUUUAGUAGUGGUUUCUUUGCAGCAAUUCUACCAUGAAGGCCUUAUUCACACAGUCCCCUCUGAACAGUUGACGUUGAGAUGGGUCUGUUACUUGAACUCUGAAGCAUUUAUUUGGGCUGCAAUCUGAGGCUGGUAACUCUAAUGAACUUAUCCUCUGCAGCAGAGGUAACUCUGGGUCUUCCUUUCCUGUGGCGGUCCUCAUGAGAGCCAGUUUCAUCAUAGCUCUUGAUGGUUUUUGCGACUGCACUUGAAGAAACUUUCAAAGUUCUUGAAAUGUGCCAUGUUGACUGACCUCCAUGUCUUAAAGUAAUGCUGGACUGUCAUUUCUCUUUGCUUAUUUGAGCUGUUCUUGCCAUAAUAUGGACUUGGUCUUUUACCAAAUAGGGCUAUCUUUUGUAUACCCCCGCUACCUUGUCACAACACAACUGAUUGGCUCAAACACAUUAAGAAGGAAAGAAAUUCCACAAAUUAACUUUUAAGAAGGCACACCUGUUAAUUGAAAUGCAUUCCAGGUGACUACCUCCUGAAGCUGGUUGAGAGAAUGCCAAGAGUGUGCAAAGCUGUCAUCAAGGCAAAGUGUGGCUAUUGGUAGGGCCCUGUGUAGCUCAGUUGGUAGAGCAUGGCGCUUGCAACGCCAGGGUUGUGGGUUCGAUUCCCACGGGGGGGCAGUAUGAAAAUGUAUGCACUCACUAACUGUAAGUCGCUCUGGAAAAGAGCGUCUGCUAAAUGACAAAAAAUGUAAAUAUUUUGAAGAAUCUCAAAUAUAAAAUAUAUUUUGAUUUGUUUAACACUUUUUUUGGUUACUACAUGAUUCCUUAUGUGUUGUUUCAUAGUUUUGAUUAUUCUACAAUGUAAAAAAUUAAGAAAAACCCUGGAAUAAGUAGGUAUGUCCAAACUUUUGACUGAUACUGUGUGUGUGUGUGUGUGUAUAUAUAUAUAUAAUAUAUAUAUAUAUAUAUAUAUAUAUAUAUAUAUAUAUAUAUAUAUAUAUAUAUAUAUAUAUAUAUAUAUAUAUAUAUAUAUAUAUAUAUAUAUAUAUAUAUAUAUACAAUUCACCUUUUUGUUUCUUUAUUGCUCAGCAUUCACCAUUUUAUCUUGCUUCCCAUAAAUUGAACCAUUCCACACUAUUCACCCAAUCCUCAACUUGAUUUCUAUUACUCGCUAAAGAAGGUUGUAACAUUCAUUUAUUUGUGGGUAAUGAAAUGAAAUCAUCUACAUUUUUAAGGAAGACUUUAUUUGUAGGUUGUACUUUAUCAAUCUUCCUUCAUCUUUAUAGAAUCAGUCUUCAUUUAAUAGAAUUCCUCCACAAGUGCUUCAUUUAAUAGAAUUUGCCCCAAGGUAGCAUUAGCUUAUACAUGCCAUUAGCCACUUUCCCCCAUGUCUAAUGUGCCUCAACUCAGCCGCGCACUCUGCAUCAGGAGUUCAAAUGGCGGGAGCUGGAGGAGCAGCGGAAGGCAGAGCGUCUCCACAAGCGUCUGCAGCAGGAGCAGGCCUACCUGCUGUCCCUCCAGCACGACAAUAAACCCCCGCAGCAGACACAGCCGCCGCAGCCCUGCGAAAAGACUAAAGACCCCAAGAGAAUGUCCCCCGACAGUACUAGUAAAGCCCCUCAGACAACGUGCCCAGGCCCCGAUGGCGAUCGAGCCCCAGCUCCACAACCCCAGUUCCUCAACAAUGUUAAUGCUAUCGCUUCACGGAGAACGUCCUCCGAUAACACUAGGUCCCCACAAACCCAGUUCCUGGACAAUGUUACUGCUAAUGCCCCACGGAGAAUGUCCUCGGAUACCACAAAGUCCCCACAAACCAUGUCCCAGGAUAGUACUACUAAGGCCCCUCAAAAACUGUCCCCAGACAGUGUUGAUAAAGACUCAGAAAAGACCCCCCCUGACAAUAGCGAUGCCCUAGCCACUCAGUCCACAGACGUUACUAAACCCCCACAAACCGAGGGCCCAGACGGCCCCAAGUCCCCACAGACAGACCGCUCGGAGCCUAGCGACGCUCUCGGUGAUCCUCAGCCAAUCAGAGAGGUGAACCCCAACACGACAUCACUUCCUCCUCCUGCUGCCUGCUGCUUCUAUUCUAGCUGCCUGCCCUCUCUCCACACAGCGUGUUAUGUUAGUCCUGGUGGUGUGAGUUGUAACUAUGGUUUUCUUUUUCCUUUCAGUUAUCGUCUUAAAAUAGGGUUUAAUACCUCACAUAGUCCAAUGUAGCACUACGUUUAAUGUGUGCGACACAAAAUAGCCUACGUCUGUUCAUAUUGGACUAAGCAACUGGAGGUCUAUAACGUUACCGUACUUGGAGAACCACAUAUUGUCGUUGUCUGUUUCUGAUUCGGUGGCACUACACAAAAUGAUUAGUGAAUAGACCACUCAGCCAACCAUUUUGUUUUACCUUUCGGCUAAGAGGAGAGGACAGUCAGAGAAAAGAAAACCAGUCGCUCACAACCACCGCCUCUCUAAAACUGAACUAAAACAGAGCUGUGUUUCUUUACUUCUGGCUCUCGUGUUUGCUUGCCUCUCUGAUGCUUCUCUACUAAAACCUCUGAGGAUGACGUGUCCGAAUCUUGAGAGGACUGAGCAAGAAAAAUACUAAGUAUAGACUGAAGCACUGCUAGCUGUAUCUGUCAACAUCAUUUUGCGUUUAGGACCAAAUAGGUUGAUUACGCAAAACACGGUACAUUUUCUUCAGUUAUAAUUUAUUUCAUGAAAAAUCAUCUAUUUUUCUUUCAUAUGCAUUCACAGUUGAGUUGCCAUACCUGAAGGUAACACAAAUAUUUAAAUAAAUGGGCUUCAAUUGAUGUAGCCUUCAGCAGUAAAGUUUGGUGGUGGUGAGUCGAAGCUGUCAGUACUUGACAUAUUCUUGUGAAUUACCAGUUGUAUUGCUGUCUCUGCUGCAGUGAUGAAAAGCAUAUAGUCAGGGUUCCAGCGCUUGUCUUCGACUCACAUACCUACUAAAUAAGCGUGAUGGUUUGUAAUGCGGCUGUGCCUUGUACUCUUCAGGUAAGUGACUGGAGAGGGUGUCAUGCAUGUGGUCAGCUGAGGCCCACACUAACGUAUGUGUGCUGCUGGGUCCCAGAGAAAGACUGCUCUCUGGGAUGACUCCCCUGGAGGUGGAGGAUGUCAUUAACUGACUGUCUGUGUACAGCUGCCUUGAGGUGGGCUCGUGUGCAUGUCAGCAGACUUUCCCUCCCUGUCGAUAACAAGGCGUCGGCUUGUCGGCUUCAGUGUUGACCCUUCCUCGUUCUCCUUGAGUUAAUGCCUCAACCUUGACCCCACUGAUCCUCACUGACUCCGUCUGUCUGUCUUUGUCUGUCUGUCCUGCGCUCCCAGGCCGACGAGCGCUUCCGAAAGAACAUUCAGGGCUCCCCCCAGACAGCCCCACCCACCAAGCAGCCCCCCGUCCCCCCCCGCUCCGAACCCUUCUCUAACGGCAGCUCCUCCUCCGAGUCUGUCCCGCCUGCCAUGCACCGGCCCAUGGAACCACAGGUAAACCCCUCAUCCUUCCUUUCCUCCUCUCCCCAUCUCCCUCCAUCUACCUCUCUCCCAACAGUAGGUUAUCUGACAGCAAGGCAAGACAUCUAGCACACAUACAGACAUGGAAUGAUGCGUCUCUGUGGAUGAGCUAGUAGAGGUCCCAAAACAAUGAGAAGCUCCACCAUGUCAGUAUAUCUACUCAUCUGUUAUGAUGUUAUAUGUCAUAAUGGGUUAGAAUGGGAUUUCUGGAACCUCCCAUGAAUUGGCCUGAGCAAAAGGUUGUCCCUUCAGUGGUGUGAUAAAUGGUUCAUAAACAUUACCCAGGAUGCCAGAGGAGGAUGCAUGUGAUUGGCUGCUUGGCUCCCCUUCACUCAUCUCUGUGCCCCUCUCACCCUCUCACUGUGCCAUUUAACUAUCUGUUGUCCUGUUAUUUGUCUUCUCUGUAAGUUUCAAUGUUUAUGUGCGUGAACCUUUUUGACUGUUUCUGUUGUCACUUUUGUACGUAUACGUCUGACUGCAUGACGUCUGUGUAUGUGCAAUGCAUGUCUAUUAUAUGCAUAUGUUACAUGUAUAUGCAUAUGUUUUUAGCCAUGCCCAUCCUCAUCUCUGUGCCUUCACUCUGUGGUCUGACCUUCUCCCCCUCCCCCCUACCUCCCCCCUGUUCUCUCCCCUCUGUGUGUCUCUGUCUGUCUGUCUGUCUGGAAGGUCCAGUGGUCCCACCUGGCCGCUCUUAAGAGCAGCAGCGUCGCCCCGCCCCCCGUCGUGUCUCGCUCCCAUUCCUUCAGUGAACCCGUGGUUCCUAGUUUUGCACAUCUCCAUCUGCGCUCCCAGGAGCCCCACAACCACCACCAUCACCCCUCUGCUGCUGCACCAUCACCUGCACGCACUGACCCCCAGCCCCCGACCCAGCCCCCCGCCUCGGGCCCCAGCGACGAGGUGCCCCCCAGGGUAAGAAAGGCCAGCCCAGGGGACCCCCUUUUCCAGCCCUUAUCCGUGGUCCCCUCUCAGGGGCAAGAUAGCCAUGUCUACAGCCUCUCUGGGUGUCCCAUCCAACACCAGUGGGAUUGCACUUUGGGCUUUUGCCUUCACUAUUAUCAGGCUAUGUCCCACAGCAUAGGGUAGAUCUACAAUAAGGUAGGUUAGACUAGUAGUCUGGUUCAGUAGUAUAUCAGUGAUUGAUAGCCAUCUUCGAGGAAUAACUCCUGUUUGUAGCUGCAAUUGUCCCUGUGUACGGUACUGGAGUCCCUAUAGUAACUAGCUUAACUCAAUCAAUGCUGUGCUUCCACUGGCUAACUACACACCAUAUGGUCCUGGACAGCAUCAUGAGUUGUUCCUCUUCUAAUACUUCACUGUGUACAGCAUGCAUGCCCAUCAUGUUCACUCUGUUCACUAAUGUAACAGACGCCCCCCCCCCCCCCCCUCCCCGUCCUGAGUUUAUUACCGAUAUCCAUGUCUUCUCUGUAGAAUUAAUAAAAUGAUCCAUUUGGUGUUGGAGGGUAGAAUGCACAUUUGGGAAGAGGGAUUGGGGCUAUGCAGCGGUGCCAGGAUCUGCUCUGUAGUGGUAGUGUUAGUGUAUGCUCCUGUAGCCAGGUGUGUGAGGACGUCUGUCUUGUCUACCACAGGUUCCAGUGAGGACAACGUCCAGGUCCCCUGUGCUGUCACGCAGAGACUCUCCUCUCCAGGCCUCUGCCCCGCCUAGCAACCAGGCAGUACAGAGGAGCGCCGGCAGGUAGGUGGUCAACCCUGUGUGGUGUUUGGAAUAAGUUCAGUUGUUUGCGGGGUGGUUAUGGGGAAGUGUGUGUGUGUUUUUCAUUUCUCUCCUGUGUUGUGUGUCUUCCAGUAAUGCGGAGCCACGUCUGCUGUGGGACCGAGUGGAGAAGCUGGUUCCCAGGCCCGGCAGUGGCAGCUCCUCUGGCUCCUCCAACUCCAGCUCCCAGGCCGGCUCUGGGGAGAGGUUCAGAGCACGCUGUGAGUACACACACACACACACACACACACACACACACACACAGUAUAAUGGAUGCACAAUACUGCAUUUAGUAUCGUGUAUGUCUUCCACUGACGUUUGUUUACCAUCCUCUCCUCCAGCAUCGUCUAAGUCUGAGGGCUCCCCACUGCAACGCCCCGACAACGCUGCCAAAAAGCCUGACGACAAGAAGGACUUUGCCCGACCCAACCGGCCAGCCGUAAGAACCUGUCUCUUAUGACUGUAAACACAUCCUGUUGUAGUACUGGUCCCUGCAACUGGCUGGAAACCAGGCCAGCACUGCAGCCUGCUACAGUAACCGUGUGGUGGAGUCUGUAUGACUGACUGACUUUAUCCCCUUGUCUUAUCUUUUGGUGUUCCCUAUGGGCCAUGACACGACAACCUGUGGCAUCCCAUUACUCCAACGAUGUGAUUAUGGGGGGAAUUGUAUAGGGUGACGUGGUAAGCGUGUGUAAGAAUAUGACAUGUCAUGCUCUGUCGCUAUGCUUAUUUCCACACUGCUUGGGGCACCAUGUAUGUUAAACCGUUUCAGAAGAAGGUUGUCCUGUGAGAAGCUCAGGGCCCAAUUCCAUCGCUCUUCCAUUUGCCUCCCAGUCAUUGGUCCUCCUCUCCUUGGCUGCCAUGUGAUUGGCUGACGAUGCACCUCUGACCCACCCCUCUCCCUGCUGUCUUCUUGCCUCCUGCCUGCUCCGUCCCAAUCCAGUUGCUCUUACUCUAUCACCAGUCCAGUCUUCACCUGCCACAUCAUAAGUUGACUGUUUUCAGCAGCCUGUGUUGGCUAGCUCUUAACUGAGGUUAAUGUUAUGGCCUUAAUGUAUGGGGAAUGAUUCUCCCCUCCUUGCCUCGGUUCAAUCCUUUGACAAUGCAUCCCCCACCCAGUAAGACUAGUAGUCAGUGAUCUGACAUGGUUUAGAUCAGUGACGACAUUAGGAAAGGGAGUAUUGAAAAUAUUCAGAGCCUUAUUUGACCCCUGACCUCCAGGACCUGACAGCCCUGGCCAAAGAGCUGCGGGCGGUGGAGGAUGUGCGGCCCCACAAGGUGACCGACUACUCCUCCUCCAGCGAGGAGUCCGGCACCACCGACGAAGACGAUGAUGAAGAAGUGGACCAGGACGCAGCAGACGAGUCCACCUCGGGAGCAGAGGAUACCAGGGCCGGGUAUGUAACAACUCUGACCUGGGCCUGUAUUCACAAAGCGUCUAGGAUCAGGUUCCCCCCCGUCCAUGUAAUCUCAUUCAUUAUGAUCUGAAAGGCAAAACUGAUCCUAAAUCAGCACUUUCUGACGCUUUAUGAACUCUGGGCUUUAGUGAUAAUGCCCUAAAGAAAGGCUUUCAGAUGGAUCGGGCGGCAUACCUUGAUGUUAUAUCAACAUGAAAAGUCGAUCAUAUAAUAUAUACUAUAUAGCAUAGAAAGACUUGUAAUGAGGUGAGUAAUUUGGGUAAUUGAAAAGUGUGAUAUAUAUAUAUAUAUAUAUAAGUGCCCAUGUAUUUUUUAUAAUUGGAGUUUUAAUAUGAGACGUACUGUUUACACCAGGAGAGGGCUGAGUAACGGAGAGACUGCAUCCCUGAAGACCUUGCUGGCCCACGACGACUCAGAGAACGACCUCACCACACCCUCCAAGGAUGGCACCUUGGUCAUCAGACAGGUAGGACUGCAGAAGACCCUCUGGUUGUUAUCAUGUCUCCUAUUUUGUCUGUAGUAGUAGUAAAUGUAACUCAUAUAUCCCCCCCCCACCCACUUCCCGUUUCAGUUGUUAUCAUCUUGUUUGAUUUCCUUUAGUUAUUUUGAGUCUCUUUGUUUGCUGGUAAAGCACACUAUCAUGUACAGUUAGCUAGGGGAAAACAAUGAGAUACAAGUUGAGGUUGUUCUUGGUUACAGAGCGUGGGCGACAAAAAACGCCCGCCGGUCAAUGUCUCUUCAUCCUCCUCCGGUCCCAGUGCGGCUCACGGUCAAGCCGUUCAAGCACACACUCCUCACGGUCCUGGUAACGGUCACCAGGAGAAAAACGGCUUUGCCGGCCGCAUUCACUUGCUGCCAGACCUUAUUCAGCAGAGCCACCACUCCCCCACCUCUUCCACCUCCUCUUCAAUCUCCAACUCCCCCUCCUCCUCCAGCCUUGUCAGCCCAGCCAUGUCCCCCCAGAUCCCCCUGGACAAGCUCACUGCCAUCGAGGUAUGUCCCCUGCCUCCUGCUCUGUCCCCUGUCACUUAAGCCGUCUACUCUGUCCCCUGCUGGCUGGCUGACUGAACUGAACUGACUAUCUCUGAGCUGCUGCACCUUCUGAAUAUUACUCACAGCACUGCCUCUAACACUAGCGCCUCCUAGUGUGGGACCUUAGCAAUGAGCAAGCGGCUUUACAAGUCUAGAGAGCGUUUGUAAAACACUUUGCCCAGGUGCAAGCUGGGAGGUGAAGUCUAUAUAGUCCAUGUUGUCAGGGGUUGAGAGGUUGUGGAACACCUCGUUGGACUUCAUCUCCCAUCUCUCCAUGGCCCUAGUGCUUUGAUGCCAUUUCACUCUAGCAGUUUAGUAGUAGGCUGUGCCUGGGUGGUAGCUAGCAUGCUUGGUGUGCGGUGCUUUUGGACAACCCUAGCUAGUAUGGAUUUUACUACCCAACUAAAGGUGUGUGUUAGCAGGAUAACUCUACUAUCAUGGAAGACACUGAACAACGCGGCUACUUUUAGCCCAAUGAUAAACUGCUGCGUUUUGAUGGUGGUGUUUGAUCAAAUCUGUGUGCUUUACACUGGCAAUUUGACUUUUUCAUAUUUCAUCACAUUUUAUCCCAUUUCUCUCUGAAUUUCUGUUUCUUUCCUGAACACACCAUCUUUGUUUUGUCUUCCAUGUUGGUUCUACUUUCUAGUUUCCUUUUAAGUCACUAAGCUUGUUUUUCGUAUCUGCUUCCAACAACAUAACUGCAUGUCAAAUCUUCCCAUGCAUUUUGUGUGUUUUAUGGUUUUGUUUUUGCCGUCCGUAGAGUAGUAGAUGUCAUGUUUGAUUACCAGAUGAUGAGAAAUGUCCUGAUGUACAGUGUAUCGUAACAGAACCCAGUGUAGAGACUGUUUUAUGAAGCCCUAUGACCUGUAACACAGGUCUGAGUGAUUCUUAGUUUUAGAUUGGUAAAGCCUGCAGGCCCUUCCUAUUGUACUGUUAAUGGGCAACUAUAAAUCCUAUUCAGCCUUAUGACGUUAUUGUUAGCCCAGCAAUAAACAUGUCUACCAUUAGAAAGUCAUGAGUGCAGUAAAAUGGAUCCAUUGCUGAGAUCACUGCAGCUGCCAUAGCUCCCCCUGCUGGGUUAAAGUAUUAUACAAUAAAUAAUAUUGUAAUAUUUUACAGUAUGAAGCCAAGAAGAUAUAGGCUCAGGCAAUACUGAUAGUGUAGCAGAAUAGGUUGAGUUACAGGUAGAUGGGGAUAUUUUAGGGCGGCAGGUAGCCUAGCCUUUGGACCUGUAACCGAAAGGUCGCUAGUUCGAAUCCCAGAGGCGACAAGGUAAAAAACAUCUGUGCCCCUGAGCAAGGCACCUAACCCUAAUUGCACGACUGAUAAUGGCUGACCCUGGCCGUGACCCCACUCUCCGAGGGUGUCUCAGGGGGAGUUGGGAUAUGCAAAAAACUCAUUUCCAUUUCACACAUGCGUAUAAUACACACUUGAAACAGGACAAAAAUAAGCACCCAACAAAUUAUUGUAUCUAUCCACUGUGUGUGUUAUUCUCUCACUCUCCCGCCCUGUGUCGCCAGACCCAAUCGGCCAGCAACACCAUGCAGAAACACAAGUCUUCCUCCUCCUUCACCCCCUUCAUCGACCCGCGCCUCCUGCAGGUCUCCCCCUCCAGCGGCAGCUCCCUCAACAACAUGGGUGAGUCGCCUCCUCUUCCUCCUCUACCCUACACAGCUGAUUUAGGAUCAGCUCUCUUUUCCCAAGUCCUCAUCUUAUCCAUUAUGUAUUAAACAAUAGAAUCAUCUCUGGGUCAGUAACUAGGCGUUAGUAUGCCCUGAACUAUACAUAGAACAUGAAGCCACUGCUUGGCACAGGAAGUGUAAUACAGAGCAUGAUCAUCAAGGGAUAUUAAUGUCAAAGCAAAGCCACGCCCCUUCUCCCUCUGACCUUUGGUGUCCACAGCGGCCUUUGGGAACGACGGGCGGCUGGCGGACGCCCUGAGGGCUGACCCGUCCCGUAAGGGCUCCGUGGUCAAUGUGAACCCGGUCAACACACGCCCCCAGAGCGACACGCCGGAGAUCCGCAAGUACAAGAAGAGGUUCAACUCUGAGAUCCUGUGUGCUGCACUAUGGGGUAUGUACCUGAGAGAGCGAGGGAGAGGUGGGUGGGUGGAUGAGUAGAAGGAUCGAAUUGAUAGAAGGAUAGAAUUGAUAGAUGGAUGGGUGAUAUACUGAUUGGAUGGAUGAAUGGAUAGAUACAAUGAUAGGAAAUCCAUCAUAGGUUCAUUGAAAAUCAUGGCAGACCUGCCUCUCCCUGGGUUCUGACUGGUGUGUGUCCCUGUCCUCUCCCUGGGUUCUGACUGGUGUGUGUGUCCCUGUCCUCUCCCUGGGUUCUGACUGGUGUGUGUGGUCCCUGUCCUCUCCCUGGGUUCUGACUGGUGUGGUGUGUCCCUGUCCUCUCCCUGGGUUCUGACUGGUGUGUGUGUGUCCCUGUCCUCUCCCUGGGUUCUGACUGGUGUGUGUGUCCCUGUCCUCUCCCUGGGUUCUGACUGGUGUGUGUGUCCCUGUCCUCUCCCUGGGUUCUGACUGGUGUGUGUGUCCCUGUCCUCUCCCUGGGUUCUGACUGGUGUGUGUGUCCCUGUCCUCUCCCUGGGUUCUGACUGGUGUGUGUGUGUCCCUGUCCUCUCCCUGGGUUCUGACUGGUGUGUGUCCCUGUCCUCUCCCUGGGUUCUGACUGGUGUGUGUCCCUGUCCUCUCCCUGGGUUCUGACUGGUGUGUGUGUCCCUGUCCUCUCCCUGGGUUCUGACUGGUGUGUGUCCCUGUCCUCCCCCAGGUGUCAACCUGCUGGUGGGGACAGAGAGUGGUCUGAUGCUGCUGGACCGUAGCGGUCAGGGGAAGGUCUACCCCCUCAUCAGCCGACGGCGCAUCCAACAGAUGGACGUCCUGGAGGGACUCAAUGUCCUGGUCACUAUAUCAGGUACGGACCACGGAGGUACACGGACACACACACACACUCUCCUGACUCAUCCUUGUACUCCAAAUCAUUCUCAAUUUCUCUUGUUUUUCUAUCUCCCUCUCUCCCUCACCACACACACACACACACACACACACACAGGGAAGAAGAAUAAGUUGCGUGUGUACUACCUGUCAUGGCUGAGGAACAAGAUUUUGCACAACGACCCAGAGGUUGAGAAGAAGCAGGGCUGGGUCACUGUAGGAGAGCUGGAGGGCUGCGUGCACUACAAAGUCGGUACGUUCCACUCCCCCUUUACCAUCAGGAAUGACACUUUUCACUUGUUACAAGGCUGUAGCAGGUCCAAGUCCAAUCUUGACGAGCGGUCAGAAAUAAAAACAUCUUGUCUCUUUGAUUUCAGUGAAAUAUGAGAGGAUCAAGUUCUUGGUCCUUGCCUUGAAGAACUCUGUGGAGGUCUAUGCAUGGGCGCCCAAGCCGUACCACAAGUUCAUGGCCUUCAAGGUACAGUAAACUGGCACAGACUGCAGUCGGACCACCAUGGCAUUGGUUUACAUUCACGUUCUGUAACUUUGUCUUCCUCCUGCAGUCGUUUGGUGACCUGGUGCACAAGCCCCUGUUGGUUGACCUGACGGUGGAGGAGGGUCAGAGGUUAAAGGUCAUCUACGGCUCCAGCAACGGCUUCCACGCCGUGGACGUGGACUCUGGGGCGGUGUACGACAUCUACCUGCCCACACACGUAAGAGACCCAUCUAUUAUCCAUCUCUUUCUGUCUCGUUCUUCUGCUUCCUGUUUUUCUCUGUUCCACCAAUCCAUGGCUGAAUCUCAAGCCGAACACUUUGACCACUCGAUAUGCGCGUUCCAAAGUCAAUCGAGCCAAUCUCAAACGCUAAUCAUCGAGGGCUCCACUGCGCCCUUCGGAAGCCUCUUUAUCAAGUGGGCAUCCUAUGCCGACUCUGCGCCCUUGGCAGCAACUUCUUCCCAUGAAUCUUAGCAUGUUACCUAGCAACAACAGUCACUACUUCCUCGCCCUCAAACAAUUUCUGAAUAAGUCAAGCUAAAUCAAUACAUUUAAUAAUUUUGUUUUAAUUUAAUAAAGUUUAAUUUCGAGGAGGUCUUAGUCACAGGAUUUUACAUCUAGCUAAGGAGUUUAGUGUAUUUCUGAAGUUUGAUCAUGUACACAAACUUGUCCAUUAUUAACUUGCUAGCUAAGCCUGAGCCAGUCACUUCAUAUGAAACGAAAGAGAAGCAAACUAACUAGUUAGUACAACACUAAAUGCAGUGCUCCUUCCAUAAGCAAGUUAGCUAGCUACUGUAGUAACAUUUUAUCACAAUGAACAAGUUUUAAUGAAGCAGCAAACGGCAUGCUCUGCCCCGAGUCAGUCCAUUUAUCGAGUCUGCUGCUGCGCUGUGUGUUUAGCUGACCCAACGUAGCGAUUGGUGCUUUGGAAACAUGCUAAAGUGCGAACUGACUACUGGGAACAUGUCUACAACUUCAUCAUUCAGCAAGCUGUCAAACUAUCGCAGGAGACAACGCUCGCAAUUGGAUUUAGAAAAGUUGCAGUUGGGACUUCGCGUUUAUCGUCUCGAUGCUCAUUUUGGCCAAAACACUGGCAGACUCUAGUGAUCACUGUCGAACACAACAGCAAGUGGCCACUCGAUAAAGGAAUUAUGGGCCAAGUCUUCGGUUUGCGAUUCAGCCCAUAUAUCUGGGGGCAUAUUCAUUAGGUCACACUGUAGUAAAAAUAUUUAAAACAUUUUUCAACGGAAAGCGAAAACAAGUGUUUCUUAUUGGGCAAGUACAGGUGUCCCUCCUUGGUUCAGUCACUUUUUUUCUUCAGCUAAGUUCCUAAUGAAUACGACCCGAGACUAACCUUUUCCUUUGACUGUUUGCUCUCUCCCCCCUCUCUCCCACUUCUUCCCCCCUCCACCCUCAAACUCACCCCCCCACCCUCAAACUCACCCCCCCCACCCUCAAACUCACCCCCCCACCCUCAAACUCACUCACCCUGUCUACCCUCUAACUCUCUCCCUCUCUCUCUCUCUCUCUCUCUCUCCCUCCCUCCCUCCCUGCCUCUCUCUGCCCCUUUAGAUCCAGACCAAUAUACAGUCCCAUGCCAUCAUCAUCCUGCCCAACACGGAUGGCAUUGAGCUGCUGGUGUGUUAUGAGGAUGAGGGCGUCUACGUCAACACCUACGGACGCAUCACCAAAGACGUGGUCCUGCAGUGGGGCGAGAUGCCCACCUCAGUGGGUACGUAACCCUCACACACUGGGACACACACACAUUAAACAUGUUUAAGACACACACAGGAGUGGCUUGUGUUGAAACUAAGUUUUAUACCUUUCAUUUAAGGACAUUUCAAUAAACACUCACACAUACUUUCUUACUAACUUGAUUGUCCAUCUGUGUGUGUAGCCUACAUUAGGUCCAACCAGAUCAUGGGCUGGGGGGAGAAGGCCAUAGAGAUCAGGUCUGUGGAGACAGGACACCUGGAUGGGGUCUUCAUGCACAAGAGAGCCCAGAGACUCAAGUUCCUGUGUGAAAGGAACGACAAGGUGAGUUCUGCGUACAACACACACACAAACUUUGCUUACUUGCUUAGAGAUGUUCAUCAAUGUCGAUAAUGAUACUACUCUCUCUCACACUCUCUCUCUAUCACACUCUCUCUCUAUGUCUAUGUCCUGCAGGUGUUCUUUGCGUCGGUGCGCUCUGGAGGUUCCAGCCAGGUCUACUUCAUGACACUAGGCCGUACCUCCCUGCUUAGCUGG